AUGGCGCCGAAGAAGAAGCAGCCGGCCUCGAAGCAGAGGCAGAAGCCGAAGUCCUCCUCCGCCUCCUCGUCCUCCUCAUCCGCAGCCACCGCCGCGCCGCGCCUCCAGAUCUUGUCGGAGAACGAGCGCCGCCUCCUCCUUAACUCCUCCGCAGCAUCCACCCCCUCCCCGGCACCUGCCGACGGUCCGGAAGCCCGCGGCGAGUCGAGGGAGCAGAAGGCGCGGCGGCUGCGUGGCGUGUACGACAAGCUCGCUCUCGAGGGCUUCUCCUCCGCGCAAAUCGAGCAGGCGCUCUCCGCGAUACCCUGGCUGUCACACCCGUGGCCACCGGUGACAUCAACCCAACCAUGUGAGCAAUCACAGGGAUAUAAGUGGAAGAGGAUCUCUAUAGGGAGGAGGAAGAUCGCUUCCUUCCUCUGUUUUGUCUUCUAUAUUUAUGUUCUGUUCGAUGCUCCUUUCCCUGAUGCAGAUACAAUUCCUUCAUCUGAAAUAGAAAAUUCUUCGACUGAUGGCAUAUCUAUGGAUUCUGGGAAUACUGAAGGCAGCAAAUCUGUGAAUGAGAAGAGACAGAUUACCAUGAUGAGUUGUAUGGGAUUGAAAUCAGCAGAGGAUGCAGAGAGUGCAAUUUUAAAAAAGCAGUUGGAAGAUAAAAGGAAGCUACCAAAUUACUUGAAAAUGCUGGAAGCAAGAGCUUCUCUACCAAUAGCUAGACAGAAGCAACACUUCCUACAGUUGCUGAAAGAGAACGAUGUAGUUGUUGUUACUGGAGAAACUGGAUGUGGGAAAACAACUCAGGUGCCACAGUUUAUUUUGGAUGACAUGAUUGAAUCUGAACUUGGAGGUUCUUGCAAUAUAGUUUGCACACAGCCCCGACGGAUAGCGGCUAUUUCUGUGGCGAAAGAGUAUCUGAUGAAAGGUGUGAAUCAUCACCUGGAUCGAAUGAUUCACUGGAAUGAGAGGACAAAGCUUUUGUUCUGUACUACUGGUAUCCUUCUCAGAAAACUAUCUGGAAACAGAGACUUAAGUGAUGUUACUCAUGUUGUUGUAGAGGAAGUACAUGAACGUACAAUUUUGAGUGACUUCCUGCUUACUGUUCUUAAGAAUCUCAUUGAGAAACGCUCCAAUCAACAAGGAAGGAAGUUGAAAGUGAUUCUCAUGUCUGCAACGGUUGAUUCAAGCCUAUUUGCACGAUAUUUUGGAGAGUGCCCCGUGAUUAGUGUUGAAGGAAGAACACAUCCAGUGUCAACUCACUUCCUUGAGGAUGUUUAUGAGAAAAUGGAGUACUGUCUUGCAUUGGAUUCUCCUGCAUCAGGAGCAUACUUCGCACAGCAUAGGGAAAAGAAACGCUUGAAUGAAGAUGUGAUUGAUUUCGAUCUAUUGGAAGACUUGAUAUGCUAUAUUGAUGAGAACUGUCCUCUGGGUGCUAUUCUUGUUUUUCUUCCUGGAGUUGCAGAGAUUGACUUGUUGAUUGAUAGAUUAUCUGCUUCAGUUAGAUUUGGAGGGGCAUCAUCUGAUUGGAUCCUUCCUUUACAUUCACUACUUGGACCCUCUGAUCAAAGGAAAGUGUUCCAGUCUCCACCAGAUAACUUCCGCAAGGUUAUUAUUGCCACAGACAUAGCAGAGACCAGCAUUACAAUUGAUGAUGUAAUAUAUGUAGUUGAUACUGGAAAGCACAAGGAGAACCGUUACAAUCCACGCAAGAAAAUGUCAAGCAUAGUUGAAGAUUGGAUUUCUCGUGCAAAUGCAAAACAGAGACGGGGUAGGGCUGGUCGUGUGAAGCCUGGUUUAUGUUUCUGUUUGUAUACAAGGCAUCGGUUUGAAAACAUCAUGCGGCCAUUUCAGGUGCCUGAGAUGCUACGGAUGCCUUUGACUGAGCUGUGCCUGCAAAUAAAAUCACUUCAUCUUGGUGACAUCAAAUCCUUCCUGCUAAAGGCAGUAGAGCCCCCUAAUGAAGAAGCUAUUUCCUCUGCAGUUGACUUGCUAUACAAGGUCGGAGCAUUUGAAGGACAUGAAGAGUUGUCACCUCUUGGGUAUCAUCUGGCCAAACUGCCUGUUGAUGUUGUGAUUGGAAAGAUGAUGCUUUAUGGUGCUAUCUUCGGUUGUCUAUCACCAAUUCUGUCUGUUGCUGCUUUUCUGAGUUAUAAAUCUCCAUUUCUCUCUCCAAAAGAUGAGAAGCAAAAUGUGGAGAAAGCAAAAGCCACAUUAUUGAAUGAGAACCUUGAUGGAUCUACUUCUGUAACAGAUAAUAAACAAUCAGAUCACCUGCUAUUGGUAAUUGCGUAUGACAAAUGGUCCCGGAUACUGCUACAGAAUGGUGCUAAAUCUGCUCGUCAGUUUUGCCAUUCAUUCUACUUGAAUAAUACUGUGAUGCACAUGAUCAGGGACAUGCGUCUUCAGUUUGGUACAUUGUUAGCAGACAUUGGACUUAUAGAUCUUCCUAAAGAUAGUCUGAGGCCUAAGGAGGGGAGUAGGAAAAAUAAUCUUGAGAGCUGGUUUUCUAAUAUGUCUCUUCCAUUCAAUACAUAUGCUCGCUGCACCUCAGUUAUUAAGUCGAUUAUGUGUGCGGGUCUAUACCCAAAUGUUGCAGCAUCUCUAGAGGGUGUUGAUCCUGGAGCUCUAGGUGGAAGAAAGCCAUCUGAUGUUCUGUUCAGUAAGGACCGUCCUAGAUGGUAUGAUGGAAGGCAAGAAGUCCAUAUACAUCCAUCAUCUGUUAAUCACAGCUUGAAAGCUGUUCAAUAUCCAUUUUUGGUGUUUCUUGAAAAGGUUGAGACAACCAAGGUGUUCUUACGUGAUACUAGCGUCGUUUCCCCGUACUCGCUCCUUUUGUUUGGUGGUUCCAUGGUAAUCCAACAUCAGACAGGAGUGGUUGUUACAGAUGGAUGGUUGAGGCUGUCUGCUGCUGCGCAGACUGCUGUUUUAUUCAAGCAACUUCGGAUAACUCUUGAUGCUGUUCUAAAAGAACUGACAAGAAAACCAGAGAUGGCAACUUUUGUUGACAAUGAAGUGGUCAGGUCCAUCAUUCAUUUAUUGUUAGAAGAAGACAAGGCUCGAUAA